AUGCAGCCCGACCCGAACAAGUCCCUAGCCGGGGGCAUUGCUACCGCGGCGGCAGUGUCGUCGUCGCUGAUCUUCCUAGGCACGGGCUACUCCACCGCGCUCCCCGACACACGGUGCCUCGUUAGGCCAUCCACCCCAUCCUGCGCAGUCUGCUCUACGGCUCUCUCCCUCCCGCCGGACCGGAACCCCAACUACAGGUUGAACUCCUCCCUGUUGAUAGAUUAUUGCCUUGACGAUGGAACCCACAAAUACAUUCUGAUCGAUGUUGGCAAGACCUUCAGAGAACAAGUGCUCCGAUGGUUUGUCCACCACAAUGUUCAUUCCAUUGAUUCGAUGAGACAACUAAGAGGAUUCUGUGCGAUGCAGAUCAUUCUGACUCAUGAGCACGCGGAUGCUGUCUUAGGCCUUGAUGAAGUUUGGGUUGUACAGCCAGGCAGUGAUAGAAAUGAUGCUGAGCAGAUACCUAUAUUUCUCACACAAUUCACAAAGGACAGUGUUGCAGCAAGGUUCCCGUACUUGAUGGAGCGAAAGCCGGAGGAUGGAGAUGAAGAUGCUCGAGCCGUGCAACUCGACUGGAAGAUAAUUGAGGGUGCUGUCGACAACCCAUUUGUAUCAUCAGGGCUACAAUUUGUGCCAUUGCCAUCUUUGCCUGCAUCUAUUUCAAAGUCUGGUGCUGGACAACUUGAUCUUCUUAUACUUGAAGCAAACAUUUUGCACGGAGUGGGAGGAGGUCAUCGCAAAAACCAUUUUACUCUACAUGAGAGUCUCGAUGCUAUCAAGAGAAUAUGUCCUAAAAGGGCUGUAUUGAUUGGAAUGAACCACGAGUUUGAACAUCACAGAGAAAAUUGGAUGGUGGCAGAAUGGUCUCACAGAGAAGGAAUACCCGUACAGCUAGCUCAUGACGGCCUGCGCAUCUUCAUUGACUUGUAA